AUGGGUAAAUUUAUAACGCCGCAACAAUACUUUUAUUUACCCAAGAACGUUAAGUAUUACUUGGGGAUUGAGAACGAGAGGGUGGAUACACGAAUCAACAAACUUGAAGAUGACUUGGAGAAACUAAAAAGAGGUGUACUUAAUGUUUUUGAAGUUGCAGGUUGCCAAGAUAAUUCAUGUCUUCUUGCGGUUGAAUUUGGUGCAAAUGUAGUCGCUAAAGGAACCAUAAUGACGUAUAGUGCAUCGGCUUUAAUACCCAUUCCACUUGAAGAGGAUUUCAUUGUGAAGGUCAAAGAUGCACUGAGACACAUACUAAGUUGGCCAAGACACUUAGUUAUCCGAUGCUCUGACCUGGGAAAAGUGGUAGCGACACCUGUGAAAAAACAUGCAACACCAGUGAAGGAAGGUGCAACACCUUUAAAAGAAGAAAUAGGAUGUAAUAAGAAAGAAAAGCGGACAUGAAAUAUGCUUGAUGGAAAAAAAGAACCAUAUGAUGUGGAAGAAGGGGAUGAUAUGGAAGAAGGGGAUGUAAUAGAAAAGAAG